GAAGGCAGCGGGGAGGAAAAGGGCCGGAUAUCCCCCCGGAGGAGGGGCUCCAAAGCCAGCCCAGGGUGCUCUGAGGAGGAAAGAGCCAACCUGUGCCGGGAAGGUGGCCGGAGCUUGAGGUGGAACUCUGACCUGGUGGUCCCUGAGCAGCCUUCCAGCAGGGAGAAACCCUUCAGGUGCCUGGAAUGUGGGAAGAGCUUCAGGCAGAGCUCCCACCUCCUCACCCACCAGCAUAUCCACACUGGGGAACGACCCUACACGUGUGGGGAAUGUGGGAAGAGCUUCAGGGACAGCUCCACCCUCCGCAAACACCAGCACAUCCACACUGGGGAACGGCCUUACACAUGUGUGGAAUGUGGGAAGACUUUCAGGCAGAGCUCCCACCUCCUCACCCACCAGCACAUCCACACUGGGGAACAGCCCUAUUUAUGUGGGGAAUGUGGGAAGUGCUUCAGCAGGAGCUCCAGCCUCCAUUCUCACCAGCUCAUUCACACCAGGGAACGGCCCCACCUUUGUGGGGAAUGUGGGAAGAGCUUCAGCCAGAGCUCUCACCUGCUCACCCACCAGCACAUCCACACUGGAUUACGGCCCUACCUCUGUGGGGAAUGUGGGAAGAGCUUCAGGCAGAGCUCCACCCUCCACACCCACCAGCGCAUCCACACUGGGAAACGACCCUACAUGUGUGGGGAAUGUGGGAAGAGCUUCAGUGACAACUCCAGCCUCUGCACCCACAAGCACAUCCACACCGGGGAACGACCCUACAAGUGCUUGCAAUGUGGGAAGAGGUUUCAGACCAGCUCAGAUCUCCUGAAACACGAGCGGACGCACACGGAUGAGAGGCCCUUCCGCUGCACCGACUGCGGGAAGGGCUUCAAGCAGAACUCCCACCUCGUCACCCACCAGCGCAUCCACACUGGGGAGAGGCCCUACAAGUGUGGGGAGUGUGGGAAGAGCUUCACCGACAGCUCUACCUUGACCAAACACCAACGGACUCACUGGUAAGAGAAGCCCCACCAGUGCCCCGACUGCGGGAAGAGCUUUGGCCGCUGCUUCCACCCCGAAUGAAGCCUCUGAGGGGGAGGCAACCCCUGGAGUCCAGUGACUGUCAGUCCAUCCCUUUCGACCACAAAGGGCCAGUCCCCUUU